AUGUCUCCAACACCAAUCCUCCUCCUCAAAACAAAAUCCUCUCCCCACGAUGGCUACGAAGACUUCUUCUCCGCACAAAACUACACCCCCACCUUCAUCCCAGUCCUAGAACACCGCUUCCUCAAAAACAACCUCACCCAAGUCCGCGACCUAUUCAGCACCGGCGCAUUCAACAACAAUGCCUCAACCCCCAGAAAAUACGGCGGUCUAAUCUUCACCAGCCAGCGCGCAGUCGAGGGUUUCGCGCAGAUGAUCGAAGAUGAAAAAGAUGUAACCUUCAACAUCCAAACCACCCCACCCCUAAUCCUCUACACCGUCGGCCCAGCCACAGCCCGAACCCUCACAACCCUCCGCGACAAACACCUCCCAAACGCCCUCAUCCACGGCGCAGACACCGGAACCGGAGAAAACCUCGCCCAUCUCAUCCUCUCACACUAUGAUUCCCUCUACCCAACAGACAAACCAUCACUUCUCUUCCUUGUCGGUGAAGUGCGGAGGGAUAUCAUUCCCAAAACACUAAUGAACCAAGCCCUACCGGCCGAAAAGCGGGUUGGCGUUGAAGAGCUCGUUGUCUAUGAGACGGGGGUGAUGGAGUCCUUUGAGGGGGAUUUUGCCGAUGUGGUGAGUAGGGAGUCUGGGGAUGUUUGGGUUGUUGUUUUCUCGCCGACGGGAUGUGAGGCUAUGCUACGGGUUCUUGGGUUAGGGCCUUUUGCUGGUUCUGGAACUGGAACUGGAAAGAGGAAUGGGACUGGACGGGUCUUUGUUGCUACUAUUGGACCUACGACAAGGGAUCAUCUGCGGGAGAAGUUUGGGUUUGAGGCGCAUGUUUGUGCGCCUAAGCCUAGUCCUGAGGGUGUGCUUGAGGGGAUUGAGAAGUUUAUGGGUGGGAUUUGA